UAUUCCAUCCAAACAUGUUCUCCAUAAUGGAUGACACUAUUACGGAACAAGAUCUCUUCUCAGGGACAUUGGAUUUUGUUCCGCCGUCCUUUUUGAUGCUAUUUUCAACCCGAGUAAAGAGACCAACAUGAUGAGAAAUGACAAGAUCCUCUCUGCUAUAUGUAAGGAAUGAGAAUCUUAUUGAUUUUUGGUGGUGGUGGUUCUGGUGAAAAACACAAUGAAAUAGAAUAGAAUGCUUUCCCUCACGUUUAUUUAUUGGUGGGAGAGAGAGAAAGGAAGGAAGUGAAAGCAACUUUGGUCGGUUCGGUGGUGGUGAAAAUAAACGAGAGAAACACCGCUUAUUUAGAUAAAUAACGAUGAUAACAUAACUCGUAACGUAAUUAACUUAAUUAUAGUCAAGGUAUUCGUCAUUCGUUGAUUGCGUGUGUAUUUUGAGACUGAAUUUUUGCAUCGAGUUUUUCGUGUCAUCGUGUUUAAUCGAGGCACACAGUUGGUUCGAGGAAGUUGAUUCUGUAAAAUAAUAUAUGUGUUUCUGCUUUGUUUUUAUUUACAUUUUUGUAAAGUGCAGUUUGAGGAUAAUUAAUUAGUGAUUAUAAUGUUAAUUUACUUGAUUAAUUGACUUGGUCCAAGCCUGAUGUAAAAAGCCAUUACAAUCUAUAUUUGAUGUGCAAGGAUAUUAAAAAUUCGUACUUUUUACACUUCCGGCUUCAAAGUGCAGCAGGAACAACGAAAUUAUGAGAAAUAUUGGUGAAUUGUGAAUUGGUGGUUAUCUAAGAUAACUUAUCUUGAAGGAAUAAUAAUUAAGAUAAGCAAGGAUGUGGUCCAACAUAAUACUGACGAAGGGGGGCGUGGGUGAGGACGGUGAACCCGAACUGGGUAACCACCCCCCUUCUCGGUACAAACAUUGCGGUGUCCUUGUCCCUACCGCGACGGUGGCUAAUUCGAAUUAUGACCUCUACAUUUUUGGGGGACGAUCGGGAACUUUUCCGCUGAAGGAUUUUUGGAAGCUUGAUUUGAAGCUGGGAAAAUGGGAAGAAAUCCGUCCCUUGGACAAGAACGGUGGAGAAUGGCCUCCACAUUUACAAGAACAUUCCAUGGUGUAUUAUUCCAGCAAGAUUUACAUCUUUGGGGGAGAGAUUAGUCUUAGUUAUGGCGAAGAUUUGAGUCCCUUGUGGAUCUACGGGGUCGAAUCGGGUUCUUGGAGGAGGUGGGGGUGCACCCCGAACAAUAGCGGGGAGGCAGAAAAUCGUCUCAAGAAGAAACAAAUGAUGCUGAAAAGUCCGGAAGUAUCGCGACAAGCCUUGACCAAAACGCCGGUUGGGCGGAGAGGUCACACUGCCACGGUUUGGAACAAUUAUAUGCUUGUCUAUGGCGGAUAUAGAGAUUUGAAGGGAUCGUUAGGAGAUUUAUGGGCAUUUCAUUUCGAAACCGAGUCUUGGCACUUAUUCUCAUCUCACGACCUUCACAAGAAGAACGCGAAACCGUGGUAUUUCAGUUUUUCGGGUGGAUUUACCUCCUCCUCGUCGUACUUUCCUUGUCCGCGACACUCCCAUAUCGCCGCCCUGCAUAAUUCCUCCCUCUACAUUCACGGUGGGAUGCAGGACUUGUUAGAGCUCGGAGAUUUGUGGAGGUUUGAUCUAAAAACGAGACUCUGGACGCAAAUUAAGACAAAAUAUGGGCCAGGACCGUUGCAUGGACAUGUCGGAUUGGUGGCGCUGGAUUCACUCCUAAUUUUGGCUGGAGAACGGGGAGGAAAGGCGGUCGAUGAAUUUUGGAGGUUCGAUUUCUUGGCAGAAACCUGGGAGCGAAUUGUUUUAAAUGGGUGCCGACCGUGCCCCCGAGUUUGGCCGUGGGGUACAAUUCUUCCCAUCGUUUAUAAAAGAGUGCAAGGAACUCCGAAUGAAAAUCAGGCUAAUUCACAAACGUCUCCGGGUUCGACGGAGAAUAAAUACUGGUGGGACUAUGACGAAUCGAUGCUCGCCCACCCAGAAGAUGACGAUGAAGGGGAUGACGACGAAGAAGUAAUUCACCACCAACAGCAACUUAAGGUCCCUUCCUCCUCCUCCGCAGUGCCGAACGGAUCGUCCUCCUCGUCCGGGGAUGAAAAGAAGAAUCGUUCCUCCUCCUUGUUCUCUGACUUUGCGAGAUUCGCUUACAACAAUGGAGACUAUCAAGCCUUAUCGGAGACGAAUUCUGUCUGCUUAUCGGAAGAGGAGGCGAGCCCACGACCUCCACUCAGCAACAAAAGUCAUGCCCAACAAAAAUUAGCGAAUAACCAGUGCCAAAAUGGAAACGAUGCGAAAUUAGAGUUGCCUGGAUUAAGAAAGAUUGAGGAGCAAGAAUCCUCAUCACUCCCACCCACGACCGUUUCUCUCAUCGACCUGGGCGGUGAUGAAACCAAUUUCUACCCAGUCCAACCUUCACAAUCUUCACAUUCUCCCCCUUCUUCAACCAACUCGCCCCCCACGACGACCGGAAACACGCCGGAGUCUCUCCCCGAAGAAGAAGGGGAAGCACUCACCUUCGACUCAAUCGUUCCUCCCGAUUCCUCCUUCAAUUCCUACUCAUCCGCCUCCGUCGAGUCGCGCCCUUCGACGACACGACGAUCCGAAUCCGCGACUUGUUUACAAUUAAAUCUGAAAAAGAACUCGGUCAAGAAAUCGGCUUCUGUACGUUUCGCCGACAUCGUGGAACCCCCCUCGACAUCUUCCUCGUCGCAUUUUAUACUCGCGAGAGAAUGCACGUCCGACUAUUCGAGUAUGGAGCAUGGGAUUAAUUUGCAGCAGCAGCAGAGGCCGGGUGGGGGUGGAGGCGGAGCAGGAGGUCACAAUGGUUACGAGAAUCCCAACUAUCACGGCUCCUCCAACACGUUUCAUACCAAUCCUGCCUUCCAAGUUGUUGAAGCGUACGAGUUGGACACGAUUUCGGGUGGUGGCGCAAACGGGGAAAUUCCUGUGGCCGAGAAAGUGGAACAGGCGAAAGUAGAAGCACCGUAUUAUUACCAAGUUUCCACGCCGAACUAUAUGCUACUCAUUGGAGGUAACGAGUCUCAUUCUAGUCAUGUCGUGUCGAAAAGACAGCCCCUUGCGAUUUGGAGGUUACGUGUGACCCGUGACCUUUUUGGGGUCAACCCAUCCUCAUCCUCACAGGGGCAGGAGCUUCUCUAUUCUUCGUCUGGAAAUGGUAGCAGCAGUGGCAGCAGACCUUCGUCGGGGUCGCAGCAGAGAAAAGUGACGACUACUGGAUUCUAACGCGAUCUGAUUUCUGGAAACAAUUAACUAAAUUUUUACUGAUCUGAUGAUUCUGAUGAUACUCGAUCUGUCCAAGUUGAACUUUCAAACUUCUCUCUUGUUCAAAUUGCAAAGCAAAACCGUUCAUAAAUAACAAAGUGUUACGAUUAAUUAAUUAAUUAAUUAUCUAACUAAAAUUGCUAAUUUUAGGGGUGGACAAAAUCCAGUAUUUUGAGCUCCGUUCUUCCCAAGUAUUCGCCCACCCUUGAAAAUUAAUAACUUAUUAUGACGAGAAGCGUACUCUGACAAUUUCUCGGCACUUAUUUGUGUCCACUGUUCACUAAUUAUAAUCGACACGCUGCCGUCGCUUUUUUACUUGUCUACUUUUGCUUGUACAAAUUCACAAUAACACAAAGUUAAAGAAAGGUCGAGUGUAUUUUGUCCAAUUUUUACAAGCAAGCAAUUUAAAAUACUGAUUGGAAACUGUCAUACUCAAAAAAAUUUUGUAAAAAAACACGUAACGUUUGCUACAUUAAUAUUUGAAAAGUAUUUAACUAACUAACUUUUUGGUCUAUUUAUUCGUAAAUUGUAAUUGUAGAAAGGAAACUUGACUAUGUUGAAAGAAAUGAAAAUAAUUCGUAAACUUGAAAACCCAGAAGAAAUUUCAGGAAAGUGAGAAUCUCAGUAUAUAAAUAUGUAUUAAAGGUGCGUUUAUACUUCACUUUUUGGUAACUUGUGCCAAUAUUGCGGUUUAACUAUGGCACAAAUUAGGAAGGCAGGAGAAGCAAAAUGCAGAUAAUUACUUAUUUGACGUAGUUAAAUAUGUUUGUAAAUCCAAACCAAAGAUUGUUUUACUUUAUUAUUACAAUUGUGUGAUUGUCAAUCAAGUCAUUGUUUUUGAAACAUUAUUGUGAUUUUUCGAAAGAGCAUUUUUGUGUCAUAUUUUUAGUAUAUUUAUAUUGGUCCUAAAAAUCGUGUCAUAGUUUUUUGAAACGCUGUGAUUUAGCAUGAUUUUACGAAGUGCAUUUUUUUGUGUCAUAUUUUUUACAUGGUUUUUUGGUGGUGAUGGGUUUUGUAACUGAAAUAUUUAGGAUUCCGUUUAUUUUUACCUAAUUUCUGGGUAACAAACCCAGUUAUAUAUUUUACGUAUGAGUAAAAAAGAGUGAUAAUACUACAUGAAAGAAAAGAGUGAAAUGAACUAUAAUACAUAAGAUUGUACUUUACGUUGUAGUAGUGACGAUGAGAAAUGUAUGUGUAUAAGUAUUAAGACAAAAAAGGUACGGAAUAAAAAUGUUGUGGUGCAUAAGAAUGUGUACGUACUCAUUUUUUGGAAAAAAAGGUUGAUUUUAUUUAAGGAAGCUGUAAAAAGUCAGUUUAUUUAAAUCUACACACGAAACACGACGUAUUAUAAGCGAACGAUUUUUUGAUUUUUACAAUUUAAAGAUUUUUAAACAAAAAUUCGAACACGACGCAUUAUACGAAUACGAUUUUUUGAUUUUUAUAAUUUGAAGAUUUUUAUAAUUCAUAGAUUUUUAUAAUUUUUGUAGAAUUAUUAAAAAUUAGAGCACGACGCAUUAUCAGAGUACGAUUUUUUUAAAGAGUGUAUAAUUUUGUAUAAUUAUAGAAAAUUCUGUGAAAUUUUUGCAUACUUUCUUUUCUGCAAAAAUGGUGCUAAAUUCCCAAAGUUUUUUGAUUCGUGUAAUCUUACCUGUUUUUUGUUCUUAUUACUUAUUUUCUGUUGGAGUAGUGUGUAACGCUGGUUGGGGAGGAGGAGGUCGUGGUCACGGUCAUAAUAAUCACAGAGGUGGUGGUGGAGGUCAUAAUCGUGGGGGCGGCGGCGGAUGGGGUCAGAAUUUUCGACCUCAGCAACAAUACUUUGGGGGACAAGGAGUUUAUGGAGGGUGGUCAAAUCCCUACUUUGCCAACAAUUACCCCGGUGGACUAGGUGGUUCUCCCCCAGUAAUAAUUAUUCCCCCGCAGCAACAUCCCGCAGUAAUUACCAGCACGACGCCCGCCCCCAAAAUAACGUCAACAAUGUCCCCCCUCACCACCGAGAAGGCAGCCCCCACGAUAAUUCACAUUCAUCACAAUUACCCCCCAAACACAAACCCAGAUGUCCUCGUCGACUCAGCCGGACCAAUCGGAUCCGGACCCUGGAAACAAGCCGACGCCCAAACCGUUGAAGCCCCCAACAAAAAACCGCAAGAAGAACAAUCCGGGAUUAAAAAGGAGGACGAAGAAUUCACCGAUUUUGACUUAUCCCUUAUCGACGCGAGGUUAUCAUUUCGAUAAAUAAAUACGGAUGGAAAAUCUGUAAAUAUUUUAUUUUGAUCCCAAAAUACCUAUUAUUUAUCAAAUUAGUGACUAUGAAUUCGUCGUUCUACGCAAUUUAUUCGCAUGGGUUAUGAAUUCACUGAAUAAACAUGAAUUGAAAAUUUGCACACA